GCAAACAGUACACGAGACUACGGAAGUGUUUCGAACCUUGAUAAGUAUAGCUUGGAAGUCAUAUAUGCUGCAAACUUGAUCAAUAAUACGAGGUUGAUCCGCGUUGUUUUGAUAGGACAAAUUUGACAUAACCACUUUUUGUAAUGUGUCGUUAUAUCCGCUCUUCGUGUCCUUAAGAUAGCCAAAUGAAUAAGUAUCGUUUAGCAAAACAUUACCAUCCAAACAUGAGGACAUUUAUUCUGCAGUCUUUACGCAGACUGCAACGAGGCGUCUUUUUAGCACCAGUUUUUGCUCAGUGGAGCACUCAGAGGAUCAGACGUGCUAGCAACGAUGUUUGCAAAGAAGAAGGAAGCUACUACAUUACCACCCCCAUCUUUUAUGUCAAUGCCUCUCCUCAUUUGGGGCACUUGUACUCAGCAGUUUUAGCUGACUGCAUGCACAGGUACAAGCUUCUUCGGGGAUUCCACUCCAAAUUUGCAACAGGAACAGAUGAACACGGCCUAAAAAUUCAACAGGCUGCUGACGCAGCUGGAGAGGACCCCCUCACCUUCUGCACCAGCGUCUCCCAGAGAUUCCGACACCUCUUCAGCAGCUGCAACGUGUCCUUCACGGACUACAUCAGGACUACGGAGGAGAGGCACCGGCAGGCUGUGGAGCACUUCUGGUGCCUGCUCCGUGACAAGGGACUCAUCUACAAGGGCAGCUAUGAAGGCUGGUACUCCAAGCCGGACGAGAGCUUCCUCACGCCGUUGCAGGUCGGCGACUCUGUGGACUCAUCGGGAGAGGCCAUCAAGGUGUCGCUGGAGAGUGGGCACAGGGUGGAAUGGCUAAAAGAGGAGAACUACAUGUUCCGUUUGUCCGCCUUUCGGACUCAGCUCCUGGACUGGCUCCAGAACAACCCCGAUGCUAUCCAGCCCGAGCGUUUCCGUCAGGAUGUUCUCCAGUGGCUGCAGGAUGACCCUCUGGACCUCUCCGUGUCCCGCCAGAGGAGUCGCCUCCAGUGGGGGAUCGCCGUGCCGGGGGAUCCGGAUCACACCGUUUACGUGUGGCUGGAUGCCCUGGUCAACUACCUCACGGUGGCCGGUUACCCUGGCAACCACCAGCGUUGGUGGAACGUCUCCCGUCACAUCGUAGGCAAAGACAUCCUGAAAUUCCACGCCAUCUACUGGCCGUCGUUCCUCCUCGGGGCAGGGCUGGCAUUGCCCCGGUCCUUAUAUGUGCACUCCCACUGGACAGUCGGCGGGAAAAAGAUGUCUAAAAGCUUGGGCAAUGUGGUAGACCCCUUUGAGUGCUCACAGGUGUUCACCACAGACGGUUUGAGGUACUUCCUGCUGCGUCAAGGCGUGCCUGAUUCCGACUGCGAUUACACGGACGACAAAGUCAUUAAGCUGCUCAACGCAGAGCUGGCCGACUCUCUUGGUGGCCUCUUGAACCGCUGCACCGCUCUCGCUUUGAACCCCGCCCAGAUUUAUCCGCCCUUCUGCCCUUUGUCUUUCCCCAGAAUGCAGGACCCAGAAGACUACCACAUGCUGGAAGCUGUACGAAGUCUCCCACCUGUGGUGGAGCAUCACUACGACACCUUGCACAGCUACAAAGCCCUGGAGGCCAUCGCUUCCUGCGUGAGGCAAACAAACGGCUUCGUUCACCGCCACGCACCAUGGAAGUUAAACAGGAUGGAUGCGGGAGAAAGACGUUGGCUGGACACCAUCAUGCACAUCUCUUUGGAGUGUCUCAGGAUGUACGGCAUCCUCCUCCAGCCCGCCGUGCCGCUGCUGGCCGACAAGCUGCUGUCCAGACUCGGCGUGCGAGCAGACGAGAGGAAGUGGACCGACCUGGACUUCCUGCCGAGCUAUAAGGGGACAGACUGCCCUUUCCAAGGAAGAGUGCUGGGCCCUGACACAGGAGUGCUUUUUAGUCGCCUGGAACGUCCCAAUGAGGAGAAGCAAAAGCCAAAGAAAACUAAUAAAAAGCAGACAAAGUGAUCUAAAAAUAUAUAAUAUUUAUUAAUAAAUGACUUUGGCUCCCUGCUUGCACUUUGUGGAAAGUGACAAUUACAUUGAAUGAAUUGGUUUGUCAACUGUUGAGCACACAAUUUUAUGUGUGUUAAGUGUUAAAGGGGUUGUUUUGUUUUAUCAUUUCACAUCAACUGUUAUUUCUAAUACAAUAUUUUACAUGACUAUUAAAUGACCUUGGGGUGGUAUAAAAAAGUAAAAUUGAUGGCAUGGUUAGUUUGUAGCUCAGUUUUUAUUACGUCUGGUAGAUUUUUCAUUUUAAAUCUGGUUUUAAUUUUUUUAGUAGCUGUUCUUUGUGGCUUUUCAUGUCCAAGUUGUAUUCAUGAGAAAUUUGGCUACACAAGCGUAAAUUACAACUGACGAGACCCGUCAAAUGAGCUCCAAGUGUUAGCUGGCUUGCAAUGAACGCCCUCGUGCUCGUAAAUGGCGUGACGUCAUUCGCCACGCCCAAAAGUUUACCAAGCGUAGUUCAAAUUAUGUAAUAUUCUGUGACAAAAAUGCUGUAAUUGUUUACGUAAAAUAAAUGACACAAGUACAUUUAUUGAAAUGCAAACGGCCAAAUAAAAAUGGAUUCGUUUAAACUUGAAAUAUAGUGUAAAGAAUUAAUUGUAUUUGACCCAUUUAGGUUUUUGUUUUCUUGACCUGUGUGUGUUGUGUAAUUUUUAUUCGGGCGACAGCUCCCCCUAGUGGACGAUCAGUAAAUGACUCAAUCACAGCCACCAUUAGAAACCUGAAUGGCUGAGUGACUAAACACAAACACUUUUUUUCUUUGCAAAGACAGUUGUGCUACCUGAGACAAGACAUCUUUUCCAGGUUUAUCAUCAAACUUUUCAUUGACAUAUUUUUCCAAACUAAAUACAGACAGCCAACACAAGACAUUAACAAGACAUAAAAACUGACACAAUUUAAUGAAAAAUACACAAAACUCAAAAUAAUUGUACAAAUAGAAAUAAAAUACAAAAAAGGAUGCAUUGU